CAAAGACCGGCGGCCACGACUAUACCGUGACAGCGGCGGUGGAGACCGGAGCAGAUUUGAGUCGGGCCUCGGGCGGCCGCUGCGAGGUGGGCCCCGACGACCAGUCAGAGACUCUGCUCGCCCGCGCUGGCCGGACGACUUCUCGCCCAGUCCCUCCCCGGUCAAGUCUCCCCCUUUCCACUCCCACUUCCACUUCCGUAACCGCCGGCGACCGAAGCGCAUUGCCGGCUCCCGCAGCCCCGCCCCGCGCCGCCCCCAGGAGAGAAGAGAGAAGCGCGCCGGCGAUGGAGGCGGAGGAGGAGCGGGCCGGGGAGGCGCAGCGGGAGAAGGAGGCCGGCAACGACGCCUACCGCAAGCAGUACCUGGAGACGGCCGUGGAGCACUACACCCGCGGCGCCGCCCUCGACCCCCGCGACAUCUCCUUCCUCACCAACCGCGCCGCCGCCUACCUCCUCAUGUCCAAGUACAGGGAGUGCGUGAGGGACUGCGAGGAGGCGGUGGAGAGGGGCAGGGAGCUCCGCGCCGACAACAGGCUGCUGGCCCGCGCGCUGUCGCGGAAGGCGGCCGCGCUGCUCAAGCUCGCGGCCUGCGCCGCCGACUACGCGCCGGCGGUCAGGGCGCUGCAGCAGUCGCUCGCCGAGCACUACUGCGAGGACACGCGCGACAAGCUGGACCAGGCGGAGACCGCCAGGAAGGAGAUCGAGGAGCGGGAGCGGCUGGAUCAGGAGGCCGCCGACCACCACCGCCAGAGAGGCAAUGAAUUAUUCCAGAGGAAAAAUUAUCAGGAAGCAACAGCUCACUAUACUGAAGCUAUUGAAAAGAAUCCAAAUGAUCCCAGAGUCUUUAGCAAUAGAGCUCAAUGCCACAUCUAUCUAGGAAAUCUGCCUAAAGGUCUGGAAGAUGCCGAAAAAUGUAUUGAGUUGGAUCCCACUUUCCUGAAGGGCUAUUUGCGUAAAGCGAAUGUACAAUUCCUGAUGGAGUAUUAUGAAAGUGCUCUGGCAACAUACAUAGAGGGUCUUAAGUGUGAUCCAAACAAUCUCGUUGUAAUUAAUGGCUUAAGGAGAUGUGCAGCAUGCAUUAACAGAUCUAAUGGCGGUGAUGUUGGGCCUGAUGAUUUGGAAGACAUCUUGGGGAAUGUUAGUUCAGAUAAUGAUUUGCGUCAUAAACUCCAAAAACUCAUGGAAGAAGCUGCAGCACUCAAGAAGGAAGCCUCUGAUGAGCGCUUGAGGCGGAUUGAAUCUGAACGAAUGGCCAGGACAUCAGAGGACUUAUAUUUAAACCAAGUCCAACAACGAAGAGAAGCUGAGGAAUGUCUUUCGAAAAUAGAACAAGAGUUCCAACAACUUAAAGUUCGGCAAGAUGAGGUCAGUGAGGAAUUUCAGAAAGCCACCGAGCACAAUGAGAAUCUUCAACACCAGCUCACAGAAACAAUAAGGGCGCUCGAGUCCAUGAGGGGCAAUGCAACGUCAGCUUCUCCUUCGUCUUCGGGAUCAGUGCUGGAUGAAAACCACAUACCGUCGUACUUCAUCUGCCCUAUAUCUCAGGAUGUGAUGAACGACCCUCACAUUGCGGCGGACGGCUUCACCUACGAAGGCGAUUUCAUCCGGAGCUGGUUCAGCACGGGCAGCGACACGUCCCCGAUGACCAACCUGCCGCUCGAGCACGACGAGCUCAUCCCCAACAUCGCCCUCCGCUCCGCCAUCCAGGAGUGGCUCCAGCAGCAGAACGUGGCAGCAUGAUAAUCCCACGUUCAAUGAACCGCCACCUGGCUGGUACCGUAUAGAAGCAGGAGUCUGUGCUCCCAUCAGACGGUGUCUGUUAACAGGCGCAGCAAGCAGGUAGCAUGACCAUCUGUGUGUACAGUAGAAAACGAAACGGGUUGGUGAAAACGGCCUGUGCCCUUCCUCAGGCGAUGCUUGUGUGUGUGUUGGCUGGAUUUGUGUAUACAGUUGCAUGACACAGGAGAGAUACAUAGCUGGGAUUUUAGCAGAGUCGGAUACGGCCAACAGCAACAGCAGCCGGGCGGGCUGGUUUCUUAGCCCGUGCGUGUGAGUGUUUUCUGGGAGAUGUUUCUCACUUUGUUUGUUUGUUUGUUUGUUUCACUAUGCGGAGUGUGGUUUUACUUUA